AUACGAUAUGUCAAAAUCGGCCUCUCUCGCGUCAUUUCCCGGAAUAUUACGAGGGUCAAGAUCACAUGAUUUAGGAACAUCAACAUGGCAGGAGGAAUGGACAGAGCACGGCGUAUGCCGAAGAUCGGGGACAACGAGAAGGAGUCCAUGUUUGGAUAUGUUUACGCUGUAUCCGGCCCUGUGGUGACGGCGCAGCAGAUGUCGGGCGCGGCUAUGUACGAGCUGGUACGUGUGGGUCACGCCGAGCUGGUGGGAGAGAUCAUCAGGCUGGAGGGCGACAUGGCCACCAUCCAGGUCUACGAAGACACCUCUGGUGUGACUGUGGGUGACCCUGUACUGAGAACAGGAAAACCUCUCUCCGUCGAGCUUGGACCAGGAAUUAUGGGUAGCAUCUUUGAUGGUAUCCAGCGUCCACUGGAAGACAUCUCCGAGCUGACACAAAGUAUCUACAUCCCCAAGGGAGUCAACACGCCAGCCCUGGACCGAUCCAAGAAGUGGGACUUCGAGCCCCUCAACAUCAGGAUCGGGAGUCACGUGACAGGUGGCGACAUCUACGGUGUGGUGUAUGAAAACAUCCUCAUCAAGCACAAGAUCAUGGUUCCUCCGAAGGCGAAAGGAACCGUCACGUUCAUCGCUGAGCCAGGAUCAUACGAUGUCAAUGAAGUGAUUCUGGAGACAGAGUUUGACGGCGAGCGCACCAAACACACAAUGUUACAGGUGUGGCCGCAAGAGCGCCAGAUGCGACCGCCUGCUGACAAGCUGGCUGCCAACUACCCACUGUUGACUGGACAGAGAGUUCUCGACUCACUCUUCCCAUGUGUGCAGGGAGGAACCACAGCUAUCCCCGGCGCCUUUGGUUGUGGCAAGACUGUCAUCUCCCAGUCCCUGUCCAAGUACUCCAACAGUGACGUCAUCGUCUACGUCGGAUGUGGGGAGAGAGGAAACGAGAUGUCAGAAGUACUCAGGGACUUCCCACAGCUGACCAUGGAGGUUGAGGGCAAGCCGGAGAGCAUCAUGAAGAGAACCGCCCUUGUGGCUAACACCUCCAACAUGCCUGUAGCUGCCAGAGAGGCCUCCAUCUACACAGGUAUCACGCUGUCCGAGUAUUUCCGUGACAUGGGUUACAAUGUGUCCAUGAUGGCUGACUCAACAUCUAGAUGGGCCGAGGCUUUGAGAGAAAUCUCUGGUCGUCUGGCCGAGAUGCCUGCUGACUCGGGCUACCCAGCCUACCUUGGCGCUCGUCUGGCCUCCUUCUACGAGAGAGCUGGUCGCGUCACGUGUCUCGGAAACCCCAGCAGAGAGGGUUCCGUCAGUAUUGUCGGAGCUGUGUCUCCCCCUGGUGGUGACUUCUCCGACCCUGUGACGUCUGCGACCCUGGGUAUUGUACAGGUGUUCUGGGGGUUGGACAAGAAGCUUGCUCAACGUAAACACUUCCCCUCCAUCAACUGGCUCAUCAGCUACAGCAAGUACAUGCGAGCACUCGAUGAGUUCUAUGACAAGAACUUCCCCGGGUUUGUGCCACUCAGGAAGAAGUGCAAGGAGAUCCUGCAAGAGGAGGAAGAUGUCUCAGAAAUUGUGCAGCUUGUUGGAAAGGGCUCCCUGGCAGAGCCAGACAAGAUCCUCCUGGAGGUUGCCAAACUCAUCAAGGAUGACUACCUGCAGCAGAACGGCUACACUCCGUACGACAGGUUCUGCCCCUUCUACAAGACAGUGGGUAUGUUGAAGAACAUCAUCUCGUUCUACGACCUGGCUCGGCACGCAGUGGAGAGCACAGCACAGAGCGAGAACAAAAUCACCUGGUCCAUCAUCCGAGAUCAGAUGAACGACAUCCUCUACAAACUCAGCAGUAUGAAGUUCAAGGACCCUGUCAAAGAUGGCGAGGCAAAGAUCAAGCAGGACUUUGACGAACUCUACGAGGAGAUGCAGACGGCGUUCAGGAAUCUAGAAGACUAGACCAAGGUCAAGGUCACCCGACCAUGUGAUACGAAGGCUGUGUUUUUAAUGUGGACCAUAUUUCUCUGUUAGAAUACACCACGUAGGUACAACAACACUGAGUCUCCUUGUGGAUGUUUUAUAAAACGGCACAGAAUCAAAUGUUGAGCUUAGUGUUUGUUAAGUCGUAAUUAGCUCAGGCUCUUUGGUUUCCCUUAAUCCAGUCUCUUCACUGUCAGGAGUAUCCUGGUUUAACAUUUCUGAUCGUCAAUCAAACUGGGCGUCACUUUGUAGUUAUGUGUGUAUCUGACAUCUGAGAAGUAUUGGUUACAUAGUUUCCAUAAUAUAACGGACUGUAUUCCCGGAAUGGCUGUAGAUAGCGGGUAUUUUGUAAAUAUGGAUGUAUUAUGAUUGAAUCAAGAUUCAAAGUCUUUGUAUGUAUAAAUUGAACAUCUUCAUCGCCAAAUUAAACUACAGCAAAUCGUAUAUCCCAUUUCAGCUUCGACUCAUAGGUCAAUGAAGGGUAACUGGAACCAUAGUAAAUAUUUUAUAGAGAUAUUGUGACAAUUCAUUUUAGAAGCAAAUUACUCAGCUUUCACUCUUAGUGCAAAAGAUAUUUCUCAGUUUUUGAAAGAGACACUGGUCGGAUACUACUGACACUUGACUGCAUUAUUUUUUCUUGAAAUGGAGCAGAAAUUUGUCUUACUGUAAUAGUUGCGAUUUUGACGAUGCAUCUGCUAACAAGAUUCAUUUGUUUACUGAUUACACAGCUGUUACCAAGAUUAAUUCAUAUACAGAAAUGUGUUGGUUCCAUGGCAAUAGCAAAUACUACUGUCUUGACAACACAUCCCAGCAGUCAGUCACUUUUAGCCUGAUAUCUCUGUUUACAUGAUGUGGAAUGGGUUGCUGUAGGUCAAAUAUUUCAUGAAUAUUUGCAAACAUUUUUUAAAAAUGUUAUAAUUGGUAAAAUGUGAAAAAUAGGCCCUAUUAAAAUUUAAGGUGUUUCAUUAUACAAAUGUGAGUUUAGAACAAGUUAAGUCUUAUGAUUGAAAUCCAUUAUUUCUUUGAGUGAAUGACAAAUUGUGAAGUUUUGUAUUGAGAUUGUGUAUGUCCACAACGUUCCCAAAAUGCUGUUUGUGUUUGGAUUUGAACAUUUGUUUGUAAGAAUUUCACCCCAGAGUACUAGUUGUUGAGAAGAACUAUUCAGUGUACUGACCAUUUCAUCCUAUUAUUGAUUCAUGGAAUCAUUGUUUACAUCGUAUGUUUCUCUGAAAAUAUUGUUCAGAGUCAUAUUAUUAGAAAUUCUGUUUGUUUGUUGGCGAAAAUUAAGGACACUCUGUGUUCUAAAUGAUAUAUGAUGUCAAGUAUGAUAUAAAAACAUUAUGAAUUAAGAAUUUUUUUAUCUAAUUUUAUUACAAUAUGAUAGAUCUGUGUUUACACUAAACAUUUUGGAUCUUUACAAGACUUAAUGUCUGCAGUUGCAUUGUAAUGACAAAAUUCAAGUUAUAUAUAUUAUGAGAACUUAGUUUAAGUAAACAAAAUGUGUGUAAAUCAUUUUCAAAAUUGGGUUUUCUUGUUUUGAUUUUCAGGAUUUAUUGACAAACAGAUGUAUAUCAUCUGUUCCCAGAAUUAUGAUUACAUAUCUUAUAAUGUGAGUCCACCUUGAGCAAUUGUUGAAGUUUGUCAUUUUGUAAUUUAUUUCAUGAAGCUUUUUGUUGAGACUGCUUUACGUCAAGUUCAUCCAGUGGCUAGUCAUGCUCCACAUUCGAACCCUGUCCUAUACAGCACAAUUAAUGCUUGCUCUUUUCAUGACA